CCAGUGUGCACCAGUUACAAACGGCCCGCGGUGCGAGUGUGACGCGUUUUGCAGUUAGCCGUAAGCCGGGUCUAACAUUGCAAAUACUGAUAAAUAGACGGUUUCAAUUUAUACAAAAGUCAAUGUGGUGUGUGUAGUGAAUUCUCUUGAAAAGGUUGCUUAACUAAACGUUUCAUGUGCCCUUGUGUGUGAGGAUCCCAAGUGUACGAAAGUGUAAUAUGAGUGGUUUGCAUUAGCGCUCGUGAAGUUAUGUUUAUCAAGGCUGGGCCUGUGGCCCCUGAAGAUGAACGCCGAGGAUCCGUUUCCAAUUGGUUUUCCUCGUUGAGACGUGGAGGGCGACGGAAACGUGAAGACAGUGGUGUUCCAACUAAUUAUGGUUCCUUGGGAAGGCGAAAAGAUGGAACGCAAACGCGCGGCAAAACGAGAUCCGCAUGGGACUUAACAACUGUAACUAGAAUGCAACUUAAAGAUGAACUCGGUGAAGUGGUGGCAGAAUUGGAGGGUCUCGACGGCCAGGAGGAGUGCAAGCAGAACAGUAAGGCCAAACAGAUGAGCAUAGGCAGGAAAAAAUUCAAUAUGGAUCCCAAAAAAGGUAUAGAGUAUUUGUACGAGAACGGAUUACUACAAAGGACACCAGAGGACGUCGCGCAAUUCCUACACAAAGGCGAGGGGCUGAGCAAAACCGCGAUAGGCGAUUACCUCGGCGAGCGCUCGGAAUUCAAUGAGGCGGUACUCAGAGCCUUCGUUGAACUUCACGACUUUACAGACUUGAUACUCGUACAGGCGUUAAGACAAUUCCUCUGGAGUUUCCGGCUGCCCGGCGAAGCGCAGAAGAUAGACCGCAUGAUGGAGAGUUUCGCGCAGCGCUACUGCCAACUGAACCCGGACAUAUUCACGAACGCGGACACGUGCUACGUGCUCAGCUUCGCGAUCAUAAUGCUGAACACGUCGCUGCACAACCCCAGCGUGAAGGACAAGCCGACGCCGGAGCAGUUUGUCGCUAUGAACCGAGGGAUCAACAACGGCGGGGAUCUGCCUCAGGAGUUGCUCUUGUCCUUAUACGAGUCUAUAAAGACGGAGCCGUUCAAGAUUCCCGAGGACGACGGUAAUGAUCUCAUGCAUACCUUCUUCAACCCGGACAAGGAGGGGUGGCUGUGGAAACAGGGCGGCAGAUACAAAUCGUGGAAGCGAAGAUGGUUCAUUUUGAACGACAACUGUCUUUACUACUUCGAAUACACAACGGAUAAGGAGCCAAGGGGAAUCAUUCCAUUAGAAAAUAUAUCUGUCCGUCCAGCGAGCGACCGGCAGCGGCCGCACUGCCUCGAGCUGUACGCGAGCGGCGGCGCCGACCUCAUCAAGGCGUGCAAGACCGACUCCGAGGGGAAGGUCGUGGAGGGGAAACAUACUGUCUACAGAAUGUCAGCGGCCACAGUGGAAGAGCGGGACGAGUGGAUCGAGUGCCUGCGGCGUUCCAUCAGCCACAAUCCGUUCUACGACAUGCUCGCGCAGCGCAAGAAGAAGGCGCAGCACAGCGUGCACUCGGCGCACUAGCACAGCGUGCGCCGGACUUUACAUCUGGUGAAGUGUUAAGCUGUGAACACACACGGUCUGUGCGCUCCA